AUGUUACACGGCAUCAUCUCAGUGGCAGGCGCCAUGCUGUCCGCAGACCAGGACGACAUCCCCCUCACAGUCGCCGAAGCGUUUUCCGGCAUUCUAGGAUCAGUCUCUCUAGCCUGCUGGAUCUUUCUCCUUGUACCUCAAGUGAUUGAGAACUACCGUAACCAGUCUGCCGAGGCUAUCAGUCUUGCCUUCGUGCUUACCUGGUUUCUCGGUGAUGUUGCGAAUCUGCUCGGCUCAGCAUGGGCUGGUCUAGUGCCUACAGUAAUUGCGAUUGCAGUGUACUUCUGCAUUUCCGAUGCGGUGCUGGUUAGUCAAGUCCUGUACUAUGGCAUUCGAAACAAGAGAAGGGAAGGACAAGGUCUUUUGGCAAGUGUCAAGGAUACUGUGGUUCAGGCCGAUACCGGUACUGAGAGAUUUCGCGAGGAGCAAUCGACUGCAACAGUUGAUGUUGAAGAUUCGGAAGAGCUUGAGACAUCAGAGACAGAACCAUUGCUAAGUCGGAAACACAGCCGCGCAAACAGCUAUGGCGCAUACACCAUACCUGGCUCAGCAAAUCCAAAAACCGUCCGAGAACAAAUUGCCCGCAGACGAUCGAGCUCAGGCGCAUCAGCGAAAGACCAAAUCAAAGCUAGAAGAAAAUCGUCCUCAGCAGCUGCCAGCAGUGCUCAACAAGAACCGCUUGCGAAAAUCUUUGAAGAGACAGACUCAACCCCAACGAUAGGAAGACCAAGAACUUCUCGAGUAAUCAAAAAUACACUAUUGAUUUUAGCUGUCGCUGGUAUCGGCACUCUAGGAUGGCUGAUCGCAUUUAAAACAGGCACAUGGAAACCACAACCACAACCCGAUCCGAAUGCUCAGCCCGACCCAGAUGACGACAGCAAUCCACCAGGCGCACAGCUACUAGGCUACAUCUCCGCAGUCUUGUACCUCACAGCUCGACUACCUCAGAUCUGGAAAAACUACCGCGAACAAUCCUGCGAAGGACUUAGUCUGCUAUUCUUCAUUCUCAGCCUGUUAGGCAACGGCACAUACGGAGCAGGUAUCCUGUGUCACAGCCUUGAAAAGGGCUAUGUAAUAAAGAACGUGCCCUGGCUUAUUGGGAGUUUGGGCACGAUGGUUGAAGAUGGGAUUGUGUUCUAUCAGUUUAGGAUAUACAAGGAUAAUGUGGAGGAUGUUGUGGUUACGGAUGGAGCUCCUGGAAGAGCUGAGCCUUAG